AAUAGAAGGCUGCGCUCUAGAUAAUAAAUAUUAGAAUAAAAGGAGCGCUUUUAUGUCUCAUAUGUCAACAUGUCUGUGGCGUUUUCAUCGACGCGUCCCAGGAGUAAAGGGGAGGUGACACAGCAAACCAUCCAAAAGAUGCUGGAUGAAAAUCAUCAUCUAAUACAAUGCAUUAUGGACUACCAAAGUAAAGGCAAGACAGCUGAGUGCACACAGUAUCAGCACAUUCUGCACAGGAAUCUUGUUUACUUGGCCACAAUAGCUGAUUCUAAUCAGAACAUGCAGUCACUUCUACCGGCUCCUCCUAGUUCCAACAUGUCCAUUGAUCCUGGAAGAAUGAGCCACAGUGGGGGACAUGCUCCAAGCAACCUCAAUGACAGCACUGGAUCAGGAGUGACCCCCACACCCAUGUUGCAGAGUCAAAUGAGCAAUGGCCCGAGCCAUGCCCCCAUGCAAUCAGGUCACAUGCAGUUGGCUAUUCCAUCCACCAGUACCUACAGUAGCUUCGCAUCUGGCUACAGCCAUGCUACGCCCUCCUCUCAGGGUAGCCUGGUCCAGGGCCCAAGGACAGGUUAUGGUUCCUCUUCCUCUUCCUCUUCCUCCUCCUCCUCCACGCCCUCAUCUUCCUCCUCCCCUCGCAGCAACCUCAACAUGCAGUCGAGCCAAGUCUCCAUGAUGCACCAACAAUCUGCUCCUCCACACCACUCCUCAGCCCACUCAGCAGGACAGUAUCAGGGACAGCAGGCGAUUGGCAUGAUGGGACAGUCCAGCCAAGGGAAUAGCAUGAUGCCCCAGAGGCCCAUGGGAUCCUACCGCUCCUCUCAGCAAGAAACUGCACAACACUACAUGGGACAAGACGAACGCUACGGAGAGCAGUAUGGACACACUCAGAGCUCCACCGAGCCCAUAAACCAGCAGUAUUACGCUGAUGGUCUUGGAGAAUACUCUUAUCAGCAGUCUUCAUAUGGUGACCAAGGCUAUGACAGGUCGCUUGAUGAGUCUUCUCAACAUUACUAUGAAGGAGGUAACUCUCAGUACAAUCAACAGCAGACCUUAUAUCAGCAGAGCUCUGGUCAACAACAGCCUUACAGCCAACAGCAGUUCUCCUCUCAGCAGGGCUACAGUGGGCAGCCACAAGGAUAUGGUCCUAAUCAUGGCGGAUCAUCCCAGUUUUCCCAGUAUCAGCAGAGUAGGAGCCAACAGUAUGGAUCCUAUCGCUCUUCCCAAGGCGGUCCCGGAGCACAAACUCAGAGACCGUACUCUUAUGAACAGGGUCAGUAUGGAAACUAUUAGCAAUAAAGCACCACGCUGUUUUGCUGUUCAAGGAACAUCUGCCAUUAUUUGCUUCAACGAUAAUCUCCUCAUCGUACAGAAAUGAAGAUCUCUCUUCACCAGAUUUAUUAUCUUUUUAGAAAUCAUCAUUCUGACCAAGAUUAAAUCAUGUAAUAAAUGUUUUGCUUUCCUCCAUUCUACACUGAUUUAACAGAGAGUCGCGUAAAGGGAAAGCAUUUCCGUUUACGUACAACAUUGGAAAUUUUUCUAAGUUUUUCUGCAGCCAUAAUAAUCAUCUAAACAAGGAAGAAAAUCAGUGUUACAAAUGUGUCUUUUUUUUCCUAUAAUUUUGCCUUUAAAGAGCCAGGAGAUUUUUCUUUUGAUACUUCUGAAGCAUUUCAGUUUUUGUCUUAGGCACAGGGAAGGACUUGAAAAGGAAGGUCAUAAAAACAAAAUUUAACCUUAAAAGAGACAUCCUUUUUAUUGUUAAUGUGUGUGGGUUUUAUUUCAGGGGAAGGGAAUUUAAUUUUUAUGAAAAUUAGUUAUUAUUUAAAAUCAGGGGUAGGCUAUUGUCUGUGUUAGUCAAACUGUGAUGUGUUGCCGUGAGCUCUAAGAUUAUAUGCAUUCACGUUUUAUACGUCUGAGACCCAAUAAGUAGCUCACUGAUAAACACUGUAUACUUGUCUAGAAUGAGCUUCGUAGUUGUAUUUUCAAAACCAUUUUUAGUGGCAUUGCUCUGCUUAAACAUAUUGCAGAGAUGGACUGGGUAAUUGGCUGUUAAUCGGCUCAAACUGCCAUAAUUGAUGACAGAACAGCCAGAAACUCAAAAUUCCGACCUUUCAUUUGAUUAGUGAAUGCGCCAUACAAAAGUGUUACCAAGUUGCUAAGAAACACUCUGCCUUUUUGUGAUUGAUUUUGCAAGGUGAAAAAGACUUAGAGUUAACUUUUUCUAGCAUUAGAUGUUCAAAAAUAAAUUUGAGCCACAAAAAGAGAUGUUAGAAGUUUAAAUAGUGUUUCCUAAGAGAUGUCGAAAUGUGACAAAAGUAUGAACAACUUCAGGUCAACUAGCCACACUAAAAAAUCUCCCGGAGUUUUAUAGACACCACUGUGGCAGUGAAGCAUCUGGACCUGAAAACCCAGCCGAUGAAAAACCUUACCAUUUUGUCUCUCGCAAAAGCUGGAUCAAGUUGGCUAAAUAUUUGCAGUUAAGAUUUCUGAUUUAUUUUUUAUCUUAUGUCAGUCCCUUUGCCCCUUUUACCUCCACUGUGCCCACCCUCCCCACAGAGGUCUGGCACCCCACACUUUAAAACGCCCUGCUUUAAAAUAUACACAUGAUGUGCUAACCUUUAUCCUAACAUUAGCACAUAGAGACAACUUUUUUAGUAAUCUUACUUAGCCAGUUUUACCAUACAAAUUUCUGAUAUACAAUGAUAAAGACAGUUUAAAUUGCCAUUACUCUAAUCAGAUUGUCUUUGUUUUUUAAAGUAUUAGUAAAGUUUAACAUUGCCUCUAUUCUUAGUAUACAUUUACUUCUUAAAACAGAAGUCCAACAAAUUUACGUUGAAUGCUGUUAUUGUGUUAUAUUCUAUUACAAUUUUAAAUAGAAAUCAUAAUUGCUUAAAACUGGGAUCUGAACUUCAAAUUUUUACAAAAACCUCAGUCCAUUAGCCAAGUUUUAGAUUGAUUAAUCUCUAGCUGUAUGCAAAGUUAAGAGGAUGCCAUUCAGUACUUGGGUUGCUGCUUUGUCUGCACUUUAUUUUGUAGCUACAGUCAACAUAUUGUGUAAUUUCUUUAACAUAGUUUGUUUUUGGUUCGCAAGUGAUCUUCAAAAAGCCAAAGUAAUCCAGAAACUGAGCAGUGUCAUAUCCUGCAUAUAUUGCUUCAGUAAGUGCAAUACAUUCAUCUGUGUUUUACAACGUUGUAAUGUCUAAUUUAUUAUUCCUUUGAUGUUUACUUGAUGCAAAGUAAAGUUGUCUUGGCUUAUUUAUGUCCUGACCUUCUGCAAUUCUGUGGUACAACUAGUGUGGUAUUUGAUAACAUUUUGCAUAAUUUGUGUGCUCCAUCCAUCCAUCCAUCAAUCCAUCCAUCCAUUCAUCCAUCCAUCCAUCUAUCCAUCUAUCCAUCCUAAUGCUUAAUGAUUGUUGCUAAUUUGUUUUUCAUAAAACAUGAAGAAGCAGAAGAAGAAGAACAAGAAGCACCUCAAACUUUCGGUUUUUUAAAUGGGAUUAGUAACAUCUAAUGAUUAUUGGUGUGGUCCUGUUAAAACUUAAUUUACCUCAGACUGCAGACUAACAGAACAGUUGCAGUUGUUUUGCAGUACCUGUUAAGAAGCUGGCAGUCAAAUAGUCAAUGAACCAUUCAACUCUGACAAUCAUGGCUCUGCUGUGCUGUAAUGGAUUGGUAUCUGUAUCUCAUAUUACUGUGAAUGGAGUUUUUGGUACGUUUUUUUCCCCCAAUUCUGUUUUGUGUCUUCACUUCUAAGUGUAAACAGCACUUCCUUUGAAUGUGUGUGUGUGUGUGGAUGUGUGUGUGGGUGUGCAGGUGUGUGUGUGUAUGUGUGUGGGUGUGUGUGUAUGUUGGCUAUGUUCUUCUGUAUCUACGGAAGAAAAUAGUCCAAUUGGAUCUGGGUCAUACAAAUCUGAAAAUCCUUCAUCUGUCUGUUGGAAGACUGUUGCCUUAUGUCUUUUGUUACUAUUUGGUAAUUAAAAAUAAACUGGCUUAAGCAUUUUUA